GACCCGGCCAGUAAACGACCGUUACCAAUCAUACCUCCCAUGCAGAAUAACAUGAUCACACAUCAACAACUAAUGCAACAAGCGGCUUUACAAGCCGCGAUGCAAGCACGUACCUUACCGACAACGAUGCAAAAUUCAUACUUGCCUGCAGCACCUCAUCUACGCCCACUUGACAAUGCAGCAGCUCAGCAACCACUUCGUCCACUCGACGCUCCGCCACAACUACGACCAAUUGAAGGAGCACAACAGAUCCGUCAGAUGGAUCAGAAUGCAGCUGCAGCUGCUGCGUACAGUAAUGCUGCUGCAGCCGCUGCACAGCAAUUCCGAGCACACGAUCAGGCAAUGGCUCAGCAACUUCAACGACAGCUACCACCUCAAAUGCUGCAAAACCAGGCAUUGCAAAUGCGAAAUCAGCAAAUGACAGUUCAAGAAUACCACAAUCUCUUGCGAUUAGCUCAACCUGCUGGAUUGCCACAACGGCGACAAACGAUUCCUGGAAACAGUAUAAGCCCUCAAAUGUCCUCCACGGUACCUCGUCUACAACGUACGGCGACAACAAUGGCUCCACCAUUUACGUCAUCUCUGCAAUUUCCCCAUCAAAUGAAUCCAACGUUAGCUGCACCGGCAACAUCUCUCGCCAUGCCGAUUCCACUUCAGCAACAGAGCCUAUUCGCCCAACAACUGAUGUCAAACGCGAUGCGCGCAAAUCCUAGCAUAGCCCCACAUCCUGUUCCCAUGGUCCCAGCCCAAUCACAAACGGCGCCCAGCAAUUCCGCUUUGUCAACACCACCAACCAACUCGACCAGUGGAGGAGCUCUUGGUGGCGGUAUAGAGGACGCAGAGUUCCUGGCAUUUUUGGAAAAUGUGCGUCAAAUCGAGGCGCAUUUAACGCAUGGAUCACCUGCAGUUCCAGAAUUGGCUGCAAUCUAUGGGGCUAAUGUCUACACCGUUAUGCCCAUCGUGCUAAAGAUCCAUGACGCCGAGGAACAACGAGCACCAAUGGCUGGGUGUGUAAUCGAAGAUCGUGCCGUACUGGACCGACGAACGAAACGAAGAGGAAUGAAAAUUUUCAAAUUUGUAUGGGACGGCAAAGCACUGUCUUGUAAAGUCGGUGUAUUUCGCAAGUGCCCUUUCGAAUGUGAUCCCACAUCAAGCGGAAAUUGGAUGCAUGACGCAUCUUCUUGGAAGGGAUUGAUCAAAUCGUCCUUUACAAUACGCCAGGCACUCGACUCCCAUUUGGCAUCCAUUGUAUUUGGAAGGGAGAUGACAGCAUGCAUAGACAGAAAAAUGCCGGUAAACAACGCUGGCGGUUCCAACAGUGGGGACUGGAAAAAGCCAGAAAUUGAGGGUGAUAUGAGCAAUUUCGAGUACACCCUCAACCUAAAUACCAAAAGCAUCUUGCGGCUGUGUCAGCUUGCCUACCCGCAUUUGAUCGAAAGUAAGGGCGAUAUCGUGAAUGUGAGCAGUAUAGCCGGUCAGCCAAAUGGUUCAUCACUAUCGUCUCCAUACUACAGUAUUUCGAAAGCGGCACAGGAUCAGCUGACACGCAAUCUUGCCAUCUGCUAUAUCCAGAAGGGUGUUAGAAUGGAAGAGGCCAUUGCUGCAUCACCCUCACGAAUUCCUUGUGGCCGCUCUGGAACUCCUGAGGAGAUAGCUGAGGCAAUCCUCUUCCUAGCUGAUAGGCAAAAAUCCGGUUACAUAGUUGGCCACCUGUUGGUGAUAGAUGGUGGAUCGUCGCUACAAAUGCCAGUGCUCGCUGACGGCUUCCGAAUUUCCAAUGAAGUACUCAGCAGCUUUGCACAGCAAAAAGCUUGA